UUACAUUCUUAUCGAGUUCUAUGGAAUUAAGGUAUUCGGUACAGGAGUCAUGCGUGGCAACUGCAGAGAUAGUGUAAACCGAUAAGAUGUUUGUAGGUUUUUGCAAUUACGGAAAACAAACUUUACGGACAAUACUUUUAUCGGAUUUCCAAUCGGGCACGCUACGAGAUAUAACGGUUAAAGAUGAUAGAUUUCGGGCUCAAGUUUUCGGGAACAGUAGCAUGAACUUUGCUACAAGUUGCACGCAAAUAUAUGACGCUCUGAGACAAAACGUGUGUUCGCCAGCAACGAUCCUGAGGCCGACAGCCGACACGAUGACAAUCUGAUGGACACGAAAAUUUUAUAUGCGAGAAGGCAAAGGACGAUUAAUCUUUGAUGCUCAACAGUACAGAAGGUUGUAUUUCACACCCGAGACGCAAUUUCGUCAGACUCGAAGACGGCAUUCUAUGCUCGUUCCUUGGUAUCCGACUCUCGAAUCGAUCGAAACCUCUUUUGUAAAAUGUUUACCAAGGUACAGGACACGAGUGAGUAAUUCUUGUUAACGCAGACGCGGAUCUUUGUUACUUAAACAGCGGAAUCUCGUCGAUGCAAAAAGAUACGCGUUUCGAAAAGAUUAAUUGGGAACGUUUAAUUUAUCUAAUCUCGUUGUCUUCCGCAGCACAAAAGAUAGACGGAAGCAUUGUUUGUCGAACGAUCGAAGAUAACAAGGAUCAGCGUUCGUUGAGUCCAAUAUCGUGGUAGAUGCUUCGAAGGAAAUACCGACUCGGCAAUCUGAAGCAGGAAAAGGAGAAAAAGAUUGCGCGGUACUUGCAGAGCUUCCUAUCUCAAGUGCGAGAUCCUGAGCGCAGGGUCUCCGUCUCCGAGCGGAAGGAACCCGGAAAGGGUACAGUAGCCGCAAUUGAAAUUUUAUCGCCGAUAAUCGGCCGAUCUCUACGAUUUUCGAAACUUAUGAAAUCCUUAAUUAACCGAAAUCGAUGCAUAGAGGACGAUGUGAAGACGCAAAAUACAGGGACUAGCGGUUCGACGAGCAAAGAAAUCACGGAUUCGAAGGAUAAUACGUCGAAAGAGACGGAUAAGAAAAUCGUGACCAUCGGACUCGCGACUUUCAACACUCCGGGAACAUCGAAAACUCAAUCGAGCAAGAUAUCCUUCAAGUCUGAUCAAAGCCACUCGAAGAAUAUACACGACAAAUCCACGCAAAUGCGCCAUAAUUUUAGCACACAGAGACUAAACGUUCACGAAGAAGGCGACGAUUCUUCAUUGGCAGACGAGCCCGAAAGAGGCCCAAAAUACAUGCUGGUCGGUUGGGACAACUCCCGCUCGAAACUGAUGGUGAUUCUGCUGAUUCUCUUGCUUCUGUGGGCAGCUAUUUAUUUUCCUUUAAUUGGAAGCUGAAACUCCCUUAUCGCUCGGCUCGGUGGAAAAGCAAAUUGAUUUUCCCCCGUGAUUACAUUGUUUCUAUCACUGCAACCAUGAUUAUUCGUGAUACAGAAUAUAAAUAUACAUAAACAGUGAAUCCGUACCAUAAAAGCGGAUACGGCCUGUGUUAUUAAGC